GCGGUUCCGGGUUGGUGCUUGGCUAGCCGGCUGGAGGUGGGGGCUGGUGACGCUCCUCGCGCCCCCGAGAGUCCGCGGAGGCGGGGCCGUGUUGGCUGCCCCAAAAGCAGCAAGUUCGCUGCCGAAACUGCAGGACGCAAGUAGGCCUCCUCCGGUAGUCUCGGGCAGUCCGCCGCUAGGCGGGGACACACCGGACCCCGACCCAGGGGUGGGGGCGGUGUUGGAGUGCUCAGAGGACUCGGGAGGGGAAGGAAGCGGCCCCUUGGCCUGGGGGUCGAGCCGUCCUGCGACCUUAGCCAAGUCACCACUUCUUUCUGGGACGCAAUCUUCCUGCUGUCAAACAGGUUGGGUCCCUCCCUUGAUUGACAGCCCUAUUGAGGACGCGGCUCCAGAGCGAGCCAGAGGGAGUGGGAUCCAAAUUGCGGUGGCCGGCAUCUCUGGACCUUAAGCAUCUGUAUGAACUUUGCUCCAAAGACUUAGUGCGAGUCAAGACUCAGAGACCAGACUACCAGGUCUGACCAGGGCAGUGACUUUGACCUCCAGACUGUUUUAAAUAUAGUAGAUAAGACAGAUACUGUUUUGCCAAAAUUCUUUGGCCAGCAUUUAAGUGAGAUGCAGCUAAACUGGAGACCUGAGCCUUUGUAGGUACUUCUGUCUUUUAUUUCAUUCACUGACAAGUUCAAUGGUUAGUUACCCUUGCAAGAUAGAUACACAGAAAAAAUGUUCGCAAAACUAAAGAAGAAAAUUGCAGAAGAGACUGCUGUUGCUCAGAGGCCAGCAGGCUCGACUAGGAUCCCACGGUCUGUGAGCAAGGAGUCUGUGGCCUCUAUGGGAGCUGACUCAGGAGAUGACUUUGCUUCUGAUGGAAGCAGCUCCAGAGAAGAUCUCUCAUCCCAGCUUUUGAGAAGAAAUGAACAGAUACGGAAGUUAGAGGCCAGACUUUCUGACUAUGCUGAACAGGUCCGAAACUUGCAGAAGAUAAAAGAGAAGCUUGAAAUUGCAUUAGAAAAACACCAGGAUUCUUCCAUGCGGAAAUUCCAAGAGCAGAAUGAGACAUUCCAAGCCAACAGAGCCAAAAUGGCAGAAGGACUGGCUUUGGCAUUAGCCAGGAAGGACCAGGAUAAAAGGUUUCUGACAACUCAGCUACAGGAAAUGAAGAACCAGAGCCUGAGCCUUUUUCAAAAGAGAGAUGAAAUUGAUGAGUUAGAGGGGUUCCAGCAACAGGAAAUCAGCAAAGUAAAGCACAUGCUUCUAAAGAAAGAAGAAUGCUUGGGGAAAAUGGAGCAAGAGUUGGAGGCACGAACCAGAGAACUUAACCGCACUCAGGAGGAGUUGAUGACUUCCAAUCAGAUGUCAUCUGGCUUAAACCAGCAGCUAGAAGAAUUGCAGAGACACUGCUCAACGCUGGAAGAACAGAGAGAUCGUGUGACAUCUUCAAAAGCAUGUGCAGAACAUAAGAUUGUAGUCCUGGAACAAAAGGAACAAGAGCUCCAAGCGUUCAUUCAGCAGCUUUCCAUUGACUUGCAAAAGGUCACUGCUGAAACUCAAGAGAAAGAAAAUAUUAUCGCACAUUUGCAAGAAAAGGUUAUAUCCUUGGAAAAGAGACUAGAACAGAAUUUAUCAGGAGAAGAUCAUAUACAAGAACUCUUGAAAGAGAGAACAGUUGUGGAACAGAAUCUAGAAGACACUAGGCAGCAACUCUUGGCUGCCAGGAGCAGCCACACCAAGGCCAUUGACCUUCUGGAGACUCGGGUGAAGGAUCUAGAGCAAAGCCUACAGGCCACUGAGGAGCAGCUGAGCCAGAGCAGAGAUGCUGUGGCUGCCCAGGAAGCCCAGAUCCAGAAGCUUAUCACUACAAACCAAAAGAGCAGCCUUUCUCAACAGCAGGUUCUUGCCCUGGAGCAGCAUUGCAGGGAGCGCACCCAUGCACUGGAGGCCCAGAUUGAAGCUCUGGAACAAACACGGGUGGCCGACCAGAUAGCUUCAGAGCAGGGGAUGCAACAGCUGCAGCGGGAAAAUGUGGCCCUUAAAGAAAGCAAAAAUGAAUGUGAACGUUCUUUACAACAUCACCAAUUUGAACUAAAGAAACUAAAGGAUGAAUGGAGCCAAAGAGAAACUGUGAGUGUGGCUAUGGCUCAAGCCCUGGAGGAGGUGCGGAAACAGCGGGAAGAGUUCCAACAACAGGCUGCCCAGCUAACAGCCAUCAUAGAAGAGAAAAAUCGGAACCUGUGUGAAAAGGACAGAGUGCUUCUCCAAAAGGAACAGGAACUUCGCCAGCUGGAGAAAGGUCACGAGUCUGCCCUGCUGCAGAUACACCAACUGCAGAGUGAAGUGGAGGCUUUAAGGAGCUGCAGAGCCCAGGAGGCAGUGCAGACCGCAAGAGGAGAGGACCCCCUGCAGCUGCAGGGCCAGGAGCCACUUGUCAUCACAAAAGCCAUGCAGGAUUCUGAGUAUGAGCUUCAGAUUGCAGAAGGAACUCCAAAUGGUGAGGUUGAGGCCAUGGAUCUAGAGCAGCUACAGAAAGAAAAGCAGGACUUAGAGCAGCAACUUACAGAGAAAAAUAAGAUUAUGAAGCAAAUGCAACAGAGGAUGCUGGAACUUAAGAAGACUCUGCAGAAGGAGCUGAAAAUCAGGCCUGACAGUGAGCUUUUUGAGGUCCGGGAGAAGACAGGUCCUGAGAUACCAAAUAUGGCCCCUUCUGUCACCAAUAAUGCUGACCUGACUGACGCCCGAGAGAUCAAUUUUGAAUACCUUAAACAUGUUGUUUUAAAAUUCAUGUCCUGUCGAGAAUCUGAGGCUUUUCAUCUCAUAAAAGCAGUGUCAGUGCUGUUAAACUUCUCACAAGAAGAAGAGAACAUGCUCAAAGAAACUCUGGAAUAUAAGAUGUCUUGGUUUGGAUCCAAACCAGCUCCCAAGGGCAGCAUCCGGCCAUCUAUAUCCAACCCUCGGAUACCAUGGUCCUAGAACCACCCAAGGAUGGAGCUACAUGGGCUGACACUCUUUCUGUGAAAAGAACACUGACACACCAGACUGGGUGGGUUUUUAAACGCUGUAACUGCAGUAUUUUGUACAAGUGUCUAGACACUGUUUACAAGCCUACCUGCCUGCAAGCUGAUAUGAACUUCAAAAGGGAGCCAACCCUGUCAUUCUGGUCACCAAACAAGAGGAAUCCUGAGCACUGACCAGAUCUUCACCGUGCUGCUAAUAUCCCAGCUCUGGCCAGCUGCAGUUGAGUCCUCUAUCAUUUAAUAUUAGCACUUAAAAUUGAAGUGACCGGCUUGUGAGGUAACAACUAAUUAUCAGAGGUGAUAUGACUAAAGGUGGAGCCAGUCCUUGCAUAAAAAGCCGACUCAAGGGUGGUCUUUGAAGUCCUCUUGCACUAGCAUGUCGGGGUUCUCAUGAAAGUGUCAUUUCACUUUGUUUCCCCAACCACCUGGAACUUGAGAUGUGUCCAUCUCAUAGGUAACGGGGCCAGUGUGGACUGACGAGUAUGCAACUUUCCAGUCCUGAGAAAACUAGCAAGCAGAUGGAAUGAUCUCUACAUACAGCACCAAAUACACUCAAUUGCCUUCUUAAUGAAUGUACUCGUCUUGGAUGGGUUGCUGGUAAACCAUUUUAAACUAUUUUUUAUAGCAAAAGUUCUUCACUAUUAUAAACAUGUCUCCUGUGUUAUAAAAUCCACUUAAAAAGGAAAAUCAGAAAGCCAUGUCUUUCUAUUGCCAGGACUCAUGCCCCUUUGUCAUUUUGCUUGCCUUCUGUGGCACCUGCUCUCUGAAGUGGUAGAGUUCCUCUGGCUUUGCUCUGAAUUCUGUCAUAUUACCACUGAGCAAAAGCCAAUCACACUUUUCUACUUAAGAACAACCUGCUGAAUUCAAUGGAAGCAGGCUCUUACUCUCCUACCCAAGUAUUUAACACUACAUUCAUACAUGGCAUCCAGACAGCCCAGCUGGCUGCCACACUUGAUAGCACACAUGCCUCUGUUUUAGCUGAUAGAAACUUAUGUUCAUUUUUACACUGGUUCUGGAUAAGCCACAUCAGAUCUCAAGGGAAACAAUUUGAGUUUGAUCAAAGUUUCAUUAGCAAAUAAACUAAUAAGUGGAGCUUCUAAAGUUACCAUUUAUCUAAGUAAAUUUAUGUUUUUCAGCUUAAGGUCAACAUAUGUAUGUAUAUACAUAUAAUGUGCCAUACAGAAAUCCAGGUAUUUGCAGCAUUUGCCUUCUAAGUCAGGAUGGCAUUGCUUUGGCUGUGGCUCUUCUUGAAGUUUCCCUUUAGGGUGCCCCUUACCAUUUAGUGGGGACAUGAAACCAGAGUCCCACUGUUCUAUGACUUUACUGAGGAAGAUGUAGCUUCUCCACCAAGUAGGACUUCCUCCUUUCCUCCUGUCCCAGGUAGGAACCCUCAGAGGACUGGGCAGUCCAAAAGUAGCUACAAUCCCAGCUUUGGAAGCCCUUGCUAGACCUGAGGUUUCCCAGCCCCUUGAGCUGGUAUUCUUUCUCUCUCCUCUGUCCGUCUGUCUGUCUGUCUGUCUGUCUGUCUCUCUCCUCUCUUUCUCUUUCUCUCUCUCUCUCUCUCUCUCUCUCUCUCUCUCUCUCUCUCUCUCUCUCUCUCUCUCUCUCACACACACACACACACACACACACACACACACACACACACCCCUACCUGCAGGUUGAGGUGUGGCUGUGGGGCCCACUUAUUUAAAUGGCUUUCCUGCUGCAUGUUGAGCUCCUCCAGCACUACAAGGGUGCAGUAGCUAUUCCAAGUGGCUUGUGCACUUUACUUCUAUAAACUUUGGUGACGAGACAGUACGUGUAGCCCUUUAUAUAUGAGCACUGGAUUGUGAUCGUACUACCAAUGUAAAUAGGGAUAGAUGGUAUUAUCUGAAAACUGCUGUAGCCGAGUCAUUUGUGGUGCAAUACUUUUUGAUUAAAGCUCUUCAAGAUGCAACUACA